AUGAUCAGGGAGCUGGUGAAGUGGUGCAGAUCGGCUGUCCGCCACUCUUCGACGGUACAAUUGCGAGAUUACCAGCAGCACGUGAUCGAUCGAUGUAUUGACCGGAUAGUGAAGAGAGAGGGUCCAAGGGUCAGGAUAGGUGUGUCGUUGGCUACUGGCGGUGGCAAGACUGUCAUAUUUAGCAAUCUGGUUAAGCAAUUGAGCGAGAAGCAUGGGUUUGCGCGCACUUUGAUUCUGGCGCACCGAAGAGAGCUGGUAAUGCAGGCCGCUGGGACCGUGAGAAAAUGUAUUCCACACAGCAGUGUUCAAAUUGAGAUGGGCAAAUGCGUCGCGUCGCUGGACAGGAGCGCGGGAAGGGUAGAAGUGGUGAUUGCUUCGACGCAAUCGUUGAUUCGGAGGCUGGACAACCAUCCUCGGGACUAUUUUGACCUUAUUAUUAUCGACGAGGCCCACCACGCUGUCGCGAAUUCGUAUUUGAAGAUUUUGGACCACUACGAUGGGGCCGUACCGGUGGUUGGCUUUAGCGCAACUUUCGAAAGAGCCGACAACAAGGCGUUGUCGACCGUUAUGGACGAAAUUGUGUAUCACAGGGGCAUCCUCGAGAUGAUUAGCGAUAAGUGGCUGUGCGAGGGGAAGUUCACGACGGUGAACAUAGAUUGCGAUCUUUCCAAGGUGGAGCUUUCAAGCGGCACGAAGGAUUUCAAGCUAGAUAAGUUGUCUAGUGCGUUGAAUACGGAGCAGCUGAACGAAGUUGUGCUCAAUGCUUAUCUUCAUAAACGGGCAGCGAAUGGAUUCAAGUCAACGCUUCUAUUUGCUGUUGACAUAAAGCAUGUGGAGUCGCUUUAUCAGCUCUUCCGCGAUCGAGGCGUCACCGCUGGUUAUGUGACUUCCAACACCCCCACAGAGAAGAGGGAUCAGAUAGUUAGAGAUUUUAGAGCGGGCAGGAUCGAGGUUUUGAUUAACUGUGGUAUCUUCACCGAAGGUACAGAUAUGCCGAAUAUCGACUGUAUACUUCUAUGUCGCCCGACUAGGUCCCGCUCCCUGCUGAUCCAGAUGAUUGGCCGCGGUUUGCGAUUACAUCAUUCCAAGGACCACUGCCACAUUAUCGAUUUUGUGGGCGCUUCCAACGUUGGCGUCGUCUCGGUGCCAACAUUGGCUGGUAUCGAGCAUUUCCAGGGUACUUUGCAGGAUGCGACGAUGAGUGAUCUGCUGAAGAUUAAGGAAGAAAUAGAGCUUGAAAGAAAUCGGCAGCUCGAGAAGGAAGAGGCUUACCAAGAAUCAUUCCAUGCUUGGCUUAACGAGAUCGACUCAUUCGAUCUCACUCUCAGUACAUUUGACAACUUCAGAAGUUUUUACGACCAGCAACAGACCACUAGCGCUGUUACUGACAUGGCACUCGAUGAGAGGACUUUUUUCCCGACUUCUGUAUAUCCCUGGGUAAAAUUUGCUAAGGACGGGUGGGGGUUUUCGCUUCACAACGGUCACCACCUCAGGCUCUAUAAGCAAAACAUUAAAGGCAAUGCAGUGGAAUAUGUUUUACGACUUUACCGUGAAAUUCCCCACUAUCUGAGGGAUAAGACGGGCGUCAGAUUCAUCCCCCGGGAGCUUAUAAAAACUGGAGAGUUCUCAAAAGCCAUCAGUAAAGUGGCUGAAGUAAUUGAAAUCUUAUCGAAAACCACAGAAGACAACAGUUCUGUCAAGAACUUCACAAGAUUUGCCAAGUGGCGGAAACAGCCGGCGACCGUAAAGCAAAAGAACUCAAUAAAGCGAAAGCUGCAGAGCCGAUUGAAUACUGAUGGCUCCUCGUAUCCUUCGCUGUCGCCCAUAGACAUCGCGACAUUUGCUGACAGACUGAAUAAGGGCGAAGCUAGUAACAUCCUUUUCGCAACCAGCUUGGCAUCAGUCUACCCGAUAAAGUCAUUGUUAAAAGUUUUGGAAUACAAGAAGGCCAAGUUAUAG